GGGGUUGCUCUAUACAUCCGCGAUGACAUAGGGAUUAGGUCAACGUUGUCAGAAGCUCAUGACAGCGGCACCAGUGAGGCUGCAAGUUGCGUUAUUAAUCUGAGCAAAGGCACUUUAACGAUCGGAGUUAUUUACAGAAGUCCUGCUAGCCAAGCUGAUGACUUCGUUCUAAAUCACUUGAGGGCGUGGGGUAGUAGAAAUAGGUGUCUGGUUGUUGGCGACUUUAAUGCUCCACACAUUAACUGGGGGGAAUUAAACUCCACUAGUUUGUAUACCUGUUUCAAUAGGGAGUUCACAUUGACAGUGCUUGAAUGUGCACUCGUGCAACAUAUGCAUGCACCAACACGGUAUCACCCGGAACAUGAUCCAUCUACUCUAGACUUGGUAUUAACACACCAGAAGGAGGACGUUGGUGACAUUAGGUGCCUUCCACCGCUUGGCAGCAGUGACCACAUAGUCAUUGCUUUUACGUUUAAGAUUCAUUCUCUCAUACACAGGUCAAAAUCUGCUCGUCCAAACAUUUGGAAAGCGGAUAUACAAGGAAUCCGGAACGCAGCAACUUCAGUUGACUGGUCAGUAGAUACAAGUCGGACUGUCGAGGAAGCUUGGGUAGGAUUUAGAAAUACACUAGAUUGUGUCACUUCACCUUUUAUACCUUGGUACACUCCUCGAAAGCUAUCGCACAAGCCACCUUGGAUUACUAGUGAAAUAAGGAGGCUAUUAAGACGGCGAAAGAACUUAUGGGACCAAUUUAUUAUGACAGGAAGGGAAAGUUUCCAGAAAGACUACCGCAAAAUUCGAAAUCUCUGUAAGUAUGCGAUUAACAAGAGUCGUAUAGAAUAUGAGAGACGGCUUGUACUAGAUAGUGUUCACUACCCAAAAAGGCUCUUCUCGUAUAUUAAACGUAGGACUAAAACUAGCAAUGGUAUACCGUCACUCAUAAGCAUUAGUGGAGAAACGGCUGAGUCAGACGAAGGAAAGGCUGAAAACCUCUCUGAAUACUUCUGUGACGUCUUCUCGUCUGAUAGUACCACCCAGGGAUAUGGCGAGGUUACUGCCAUCGCCACUCAGAUGCCCUCAAUUGUGGUAGAGCACACAAAAGUCCUCAAACUACUGUCUAAACUGAAGCCAGGUAAAUCACCUGGGCCUGAUGGACUUCACCCUAAACUGUUAAUUUCCUUGGCGGAUAUAAUAUAUAUUCCGCUUGCGGAGAUUUUCCAAAUGUCACUGACCCAGGCUAAGCUACCCAGGGACUGGAAGGAUGCCAUUAUAAGCCCUAUAUUCAAAGAGGGGGACAGGCAAUUGGUAUCUAACUACAGGCCGGUAAGUCUGACAUGCAUUAUAGCAAAGGUAAUGGAAACUAUUAUAAGGGAUCAGCUAUUAGCUUAUGUUGAAACACAUGGCUUACUGGCAGUUGAACAGCAUGGAUUCCGACCAGGACGAUCCUGCUUGACAAACUUACUGUUAGCUAGGGAAGAUUGGGUCGAGGCCAGAGAUAAAAACCUUCUGUUGGACGUGGUUUUUAUUGAUCUUAGCAAGGCAUUCGACAAAGUAUCCCACUUAGGUCUCCUUAGUAAACUUAAAGGUUUCGGACUAGACCAAUGCCUAUGUGAGUGGUUUAGGGAUUACCUAAUGGAUAGAAGGCAGAAGGUUAGAGUUAACGGUGUACUAUCAGGGUGGAAAGCAGUAUCCAGUGGAGUGCCUCAGGGAACUGUAUUAGGCCCCUUGCUAUUCCUAUUAUACGUUAAUGAGCUACCAGGGAUUCUUACUUCAUCUUCAUUGUUAUUUGCAGACGACAUUAAGAUAUGGAAAACUGUAAACAAUAGCGAGGAUAGGUCGGCCCUACAAACUGAUCUAGAUAAAUUAGCUGAGUGGUCGAACCUGUGGAGUUUGGAAAUGAAUUCUAGGAAAAGCGCAGUAAUGCACUUAGGUCAGAAGUCUUAUACGUCGUACUCCCUAGGGGACACAGAACUACCUGAUGUUAACGAACAGAAGGACCUAGGAAUCAUUGUCAGCAAUGAUUUGAAAACAACUGCAAAUUGCAAUGCAGCCGCAGCUAAGGCUUUUCGAAUGCUAUGGGCACUCCGUAGGGCUUUCAAACGAUUAGAUGAGGGCAUGUUCCAAAUACUCUACGCAACAUAUGUCAGGCCUCAUCUAGAAUACUGCGUACAAGCGGCGGGUCCAUGCUUCAAAAAGGAGGCAUAUAUCCUGGAAAGAGUACAGAGAGUAGGAACGAAAUUAGUUAGUGGUAUCUCACACCUUCCUUAUGAUAAGAGGAUGGAGCAUUUAAAUCUCUUUCCGUUAUCAUACCGAAGGAAGAGAGGCGACUUAAUUUUAGCAUACCGUAUACUUAAGGGUGAUUUAGGAACUGACCUUUCUAAACUUUUCUCUCCUUCUAGGAUACAUUUACGGGGUCACCGCAAAAAGGUGCUCAAACCGAGGACGAUUAAAAUACGUGCAGAAUUUAGAUUCUCUCACAGAGUGGUCAACGACUGGAACUCCUUACCUGAUUCAGUAGUAACAGCUCCAUCGGUGAACGCUUUCAAAGAGAAGUUAGAUCUCUGCAGAGAUAUAUUUUGCAAGGAUUAACACAGGCCACAAGAGCCUUCUAUCCUUAUCAACUGAAUCUGAAUCUGAAUCGAAGUUAUCUUAUAGUGCACGCUUAAGUUCCAUAUGGCACCUACACAAAAACUGUCAAGCAG